AAUGCUAUCUAAUGCCGGAGAGGGGACCGGAGGCCCGGGCGGCUGAGUUUGAUGGCCGGCGCCCACAACUGAGCGCUGAGUUCAUUGAAAUACUGGACGAGUUUUGCCGUAAAAUUUUAGCGCCCGAAAGAUUGACGCCUAAGAUGGCCGGCGGGCGUCCGUUGACGGGCCGGGCGUUUAGUCUGUAUAUCAAAGUCUACGUGGAUAUGUUCAAUAGCGGUCAGAUCCAGGGGUGCGAUAUGCUCGAGGCCUUGAGCAAAAUCACCGACCAUAAUCUAAUUAAACAAAUUAAGGAUGAUUAUCAACUAAAACUACAAGACCUAAUCAGUGAUGAGCGCCGGGAGGGUCGCAGUCGACGUGAAUUGACGGUCGGGGCGGACUCUCUGAGAGAUGAAUGUCGGCAAACAUUUGAGACACAGAAAAAAUCGGCAAACGAUCGUACGGUACGGGAGUUGCGGGAAGUGUUGGCCACGACCUUAACUGAAACGACCGGUCGAGCACUGGACGAGUACGACAGGCGCCGAGCUGUGACCGCCGAGCGAGUGAUCGGCGAUUUGGUUGACCAGUUUAAGGCCACAAUCGGGCCAAUGGGCUCCGGGCACGAGUACUACGGCGAGCGUCAGUUUGAGACAAUUGUGGCCAACAAAGUCGAUGAGCUAACCGCCGAGUUUGAGCUGUUCUGUCUAGAUGAUGAUGAGUUGUUGGCCGCCAAUCAAGAUAAAUUUAAAAAUCAAAUUGAUUUUCACGGCAAAGCAUUUAUGGAAGAAAAUCGGCGCCGAAUACAGGGGCUGAAAGAAUUAUACGAUUCAGAAGUUACUAGGCUAAAAACUGUUUAUGAUCAGACCAUGGGCGAUCUAUUUACGGACGCUGAGCAAUCGUACCACCCAGACGACCUGGAUACACUGCAAACUACCACUACCGGUGAUACGCUAACACAAUUAAACCAAUACACGGCCAACACCCACGCUGUGUCAAUUGAACCCUACAAAACUGCCCUGGACAAUUACUGUUGGGGCAAAUACACCGACUAUAUGGAGAAAAACGGCAUUCGGCGCGAGAGGGCCGAAGUGGAUGCCCGGGAAGAGCUCCGGGAGCUGUGCGAUGAUUACGAGCAGGAGUUGGAGCGCUUGAUAGAGUUGGGUGCGGCCGGUGCCGACACUUUUGAUGAGUUCCGACCCGAGGCUCGAGCUGUGGGACAGCGAAUGGUGGCCGAGCGCCGGGACCGACAGCCCCCGGCCGGUGGGGCCCGGCGUCCAGCGUUAAACAUGCGCGACGUGAGCGCCCGGUUCGCCGAAAUACUGGCCGACAGUCAGUAUAUAUUUUUGGAGAAGAAACGGAAAGAGGGUUUGGUUACUGAGCAGCUCCUGGACGCUGUGCUCAAGACAUACACUGAGCGUAUGGCCAGACACCGGGAGGACACGGCGUACAUCAAGUCCGACCGACUCGACCAGAUUCACGGUAAACUGUGCGACGAGCUAUUGGCCGAGUUUGACCACAAACGCCAACAUUUGACUAUGGACAAAUUUGCCGACAUGGUCAAUGAACUGUUGGCCCGCGUGUAUGACUCCGUUCGCGACGAUAACGAUAAAAACACACCAACCCUACCGGCCAUCGGAAUUGACCUGGGCACAACUAACUCGUGCGUGGCCUACUAUAAGCCAGACAAACUCCGGGGCGAGGUGAUUGUGUUCAAAAAUGAUCGUGGUCACUUUACAACACCCUCGGUGGUUGAGUACAAGGCCGCUGAACAGGAGGUGAUUGUGGGCGAUGUGGCCAAAGAGAACCAGAUAUCGUCUCCCAGACAGACCUUAUACUCUAUUAAGCGUUUGAUUGGCCGUAAGUACAGCUCUGAUGAGGUGACCACCGAUCGGAAACACUGGCCCUUCCGUGUGAUAGACAUGGGUCAGGACGAGCCGGGCCUCGAGGUGGAGACCAGUCCGGGUAAGAUCGAGCGGUUUAUGCCCGAAGAGGUGUCGGCACAGGUGUUGAAAAAGAUGAAAGAGACGGCUGAGCAACGGAUGAGCACCGGUGACGAGCGGGUGGUCAUAGAAAACUGCGUGAUCACUGUGCCGGCAUAUUUUAAUGACGCCCAACGCGAGGCCACGAUAGGCGCGGCCACAAUGGCCGGCCUACACGUGUUGCACAUCAUGAAUGAACCCACGGCCGCGGCGCUCGCCUAUCAGAGCAACCGAUUUGAUGAUCUUAGAACCAGGACCGUGUUGAUAUACGAUUUUGGGGGAGGCACGUUUGACGUAUCGAUACUAGCACUAGAGGGUUGCGAUGUGAACGUGUUGGCCACGCACGGCAACAAUCACCUAGGUGGCGACGACGUGGACAAUAACAUGAUGACCCGUUGUUGGGCAGAGUUUGAGCGCCAGACGGGUCAGGCGGUGGACGUGCGGACCGACGCGGGAGCCGUAGCUCAGAGGCGACUCAAACGCGAGUGCGAGCGCCAAAAAUGGGACCUAAGCGAGACCAACUCGGCCAGGGUGACCAUCAACAAUUUUUUCGACAACAAUCACCUGGAUGUCGAGCUGACCCGCAAGGAUUUUAACACAAUGAACGCAGCGCUGUUUGCCAGUACAAUGGACUGCGUAAACAUUGCGAUGGGUAUAGCGGGUAAAACACCCAGGGACAUUGACGAUGUGAUCUUGGUGGGCGGCUCCACGCGUAUACCCUAUGUGCGCGAAAUGUUGGCCGACGAGUUUCUCAAUAAGAAUCUGUGCCAAUCGAUUGAUCCGGAUUUGGCUGUGGCCGAGGGGGCGGCCAUUCAGGCGGCCAUAUUGAACGGCAACCAAGCUCAACAAUUGGGAAAAUUACGUGUGCUUGAUGUGACGCCCUAUAGGCUGGGCGUAGCUAAAGAGGGUGACCAGUUUUCCGAGAUUGUAGAGGCCCAGUCGAGCAUACCGUGUUCCAGGUCAAAAACGUACCGAACGGUGCAAAAUGGACAGACUAGCAUUGACGUGGAGGUGUACGAGGGCAAUGAAGCGGUGGCCAGCGCUAAUCGGCACCUGGGUCGAUUUACUGUGUCCAAUAUACCGCCCGGACCGGCCGGCGAGCACACGAUCCAGAUCAUUUUUGACAUAGACGAUGAUGGCAUUUUAAAGGUGCGCGCUCUCAAUCUGUCCACUGGUCAAACUGCCGGCCGUAUUGAAGUGGUCAAACACAGUGGCCGACUCACUGCUCAGGAGUUGCAGGAGCGCGCCAUC